CCCCCCCAUGAGGCCAUGAGGUGAGAGCCGUGGCGACAUCCAUAGCCGCCGCCCUCCUCGCCCCCCGCCUGUCGCGCUCUACCAGCCGCGCUCACCUCCCCCUCCGCCGCAUCGCCGCCAUGGCUGCCUACUUCCGCCCGGAGGCCGCGCGCUCUCCUCCGGCCCUCGAGCUCCCGACGCCGCUGCUCUCCAAGUUCAAGGUGGCGCUGUGCCAGCUCUCGGUGACGGCGGACAAGGUUCGCAAUAUUGCGCACGCGCGUGCAGCCAUCGAGGCGGCCGCCGCCGACGGCGCCAAGCUCGUGCUCCUCCCCGAGAUUUGGAACGGCCCAUAUUCAAAUGACAGCUUUCCAGAGUACGCUGAGGACAUUGAAGCUGGCGGCAAUGCAGCUCCUUCAUUUUCAAUGAUGUCAGAGGUUGCUCGCAGCAUGCAAAUUACCCUUGUUGGUGGGUCCAUAGCUGAAUAUUCUGGUAGCAACUUGUACAAUACAUGCUGCGUCUUUGGUUCGGAUGGCAAGCUUAAGGGUAAACAUAGAAAGAUCCAUCUUUUCGACAUUGAUAUUCCUGGAAAGAUUACAUUCAAGGAAUCAAAGACUCUUACUGCUGGGCAGAAUCCUACUGUUGUAGAUACAGAUGUUGGGCGAAUUGGCAUAGGUAUAUGCUAUGACAUCCGUUUCCAGGAAUUAGCAAUGUUGUAUGCUGCAAGAGGUGCCCAUUUGAUAUGCUAUCCUGGUGCAUUCAACAUGACUACUGGGCCAUUGCAUUGGGAGUUGCUGCAAAGGACAAGGGCCGCAGACAACCAGUUGUUUGUGGCAACAUGUGCUCCAGCUCGAGAUACCAGUGCAGGCUAUGUUGCUUGGGGACACUCCACUCUUGUUGGACCUUUUGGGGAGGUGAUUGCGACAACUGAGCAUGAGGAGGCAACUAUAAUAGCAGAAAUUGAUUACUCAUUGAUAGAACAGAGGAGGCAAUUUCUUCCUCUGCAAUCUCAAAGACGUGGAGAUCUUUAUCAGUUGGUAGAUGUCCAGAUGCUGGGUUCUCAGUAGCGAACCUGGAUGCAGCUGUGUGAUGAAAGCUGGAGGAAUUGAUUGUGCAGGCUAAGCCCAUACUUCGUUCAUGAGAUGAAUGUUCAUGACUCUGUGGAUGGAUCGUUGGGUCUAAUGUGUGGAAGUAGAGAAUAUGAAUAAGGCAACCUGUAACUUGUAGUACCUUCAGUGGCCUGAGUUGCCAAAGAUAAUUAAGCCCUCCUUCUCUCUUCCUAGAAUAAAGAUCCAAGUUAGUCCAACUUACAACUCUUUGUAUGGGGGGAGAUUGCUCGAGAAAUAUAUAGGAUCUUGCUCAAAUUUGAGCUAAAUCCUAGGAAUUUAAACCUCAA